UAUGAUAAUUGAUACAGCAAUGACUGACCCGGAAUUUGCUUUAAUGGUUGAUGACACUUACCAUUAUUUCGUAUGUGCGAAGCGUCAAGCGACACCUGCUGAGACAAUUGUGAGCAUGCAUACGGAAAGUGUCACACCGGUAAUGGCUCAGUGGAACAAUGGCUAUGGGGAGGCGCGACCGAUAUCACGGCCCUCAGUCCCCGAAACGACAUUGGACAUUAUAAAAAAAACGGCACAAGAGCAGGAGUCCCUCCGGACAAUUCUGGUGACAGCCCAGGUGCUAUACAAAUGGUGCCAAAUCGCCUCUUCUGGAAGCUUGGCUACCAUUACCGCUUUUACGCGGGCAUACGGCCGUGCUCUAAAGGAACUGAAUGCGCGAAUUGCGCGACCGUGAGUGCUGAUCUACAAAUUACUCGUAAUAUCAUCUCUUUCCCUGGCUA